AUGAUUCGCGCGUUUGAGUCUAUUGGUUAUUAUCGACCGAACGCUGUGCUUGGAUACUCGAUCGAUGAUCAGUUGGUAGCGAAGCGAACGCGCGACGCUAUCGCUUCCACGAAGUCCGCGGUCAGCCUUAUUUCAUGCUAUCACGACGCGGACUCAGGAGUAGAUUCAGCCCAACAUGGCGAGGGCUGCCGAUUCCUGCGCAAAAUAAUCAAGCGUUCUCGAAAUCCUCAUCGACAGGAUUGGACAACUGCACAUCUCACGGCUCAUUCCGCCUCGAUCACCAUGAGCGACCAAACGGUGCGUUCCCCUGGAUUACUACUACAACUGAUAAUUGAGUAUCAUUACGCUCAUACUCGUAAACUACCUCCUUAUUCCUACCAGUCCCUCGUGAGACCUCAACAUCCUCAAUUUCGUGGUAUGCUGCCUUCGAAUCCACAUGCUACCUUCCUGAACCAGUUGUAUAUCAAGUUGCUACAAAAGCCUACAAUCAUGAUGCUGCUCACCCUUGCAGUAUUUGAAGUUAAAAGUAACAUAACGGUCGGAAAUCAACCAUUCUAUGAGAACAUCCUUGUCGACAUGAAGAAAGAAAUCCUACAAUGCAGUGCAGUCUCACUGAAGAUAUUUACCGCCGCCUUCGAAAACGCAGUGCGUGAGCCGGAAUGGAACGAUAUGGAAGUGAAGGAAAUGUAG